AUGACCUUGCGUCUCACUUCAGCUCCAGUAUCCGGUGUCAAGAAGCGCAAGUCCACGCCCAAGCCCCGCAACUCGCCCUUUGCCGCUCAUGCGCGCCGUAAGCCUAGUCCUGCCGCAGCCGGCGCUGCGAAGGCGGCCGCUGAGGAUUUGGUUGACGAUGACCCUCUCCCCGAUAUAGGUGGAUCGCAUUUUAUCUCUGAGACUGCUCAGGUCCAAAAUGUGGUACAGGCGAUUCAGUCUAUUCGGACGAGAAUGUUCGACGAGCUCCCACAGCGCGCGGGAAUGAACAGUACUCGUAUUGCGGAGGUCUUGAAUUUGCGCCGGUCGCUACCGCCGCUCGCCUCUGUUGCACACAUACACACCCUGUUGAAUGCGCCGACACAGGUGGAACGGGAGAUUGUGGAGCUGGUGCAGACGGGUCGCGUCCGACGACUGAUUGUCCCAGGACGCGGUAACGACGCGGCGGGGCUGGGUGACUGCUUAGUCCUUGCUGAAGACUGGGAGGGAUUGGUGCGUGGGAGCACCGGUCUAGACACCGAGCUCAAGGAGAAAUUCCUCGAUAUCCUCUCACGCAUCGGAACCUCUUCUGCCCUCUCGCAGAGCAUCUUUACACCCGAUGAAUACAGAGCGUUGAUCCGCGCUGGCUUCCUUGUGUCGUCCUCAUCCUACACACAAGGAUCAUUGAAUGUUGCAUCUCUUCCCAACCUACCCAGGGCCGCAAUCUCCUCAGCCAGUCGGAGUGGGCCGGUUCAUCCUUCCGACAUCGACCGAGCUGUUCAGACCGACGCCCAGGCUCGUGCUGCGACUCUAUUUUUGUCGCUGCCAAAUACCGGGACGUAUCUUAGGUUGCUCGGCACCGGCCGUGCUCAUUUGCUCGCUCUUCUCCGGCGAUCCACCUGCAAUGAAGCACCUAUGCAUCUGCUCAAGGAUCGCUGGAAUGGAGCCGUGGAGACUGAGAAGAGUUUCCACCUUGCGAAACGAGCACGGGGCGAGUUUGCAGGAAUCUUGCCGGGUCGAACGAAGAAGUGGAAGGAGCUGUAUGGCAUGCAGUUUCGUUGGGUGCUGGAGGAAGCAUUGGGGGCGGGCCAGGUAGAAAUGUUUGAAACCGGCAGUGUAGGACCAGGCGUCCGAUGCCUGUAA